AUCUGGUGCUCUCCGUGGCGCAGCAACACACCGAACCACGGGUGAUGCCACCACCGAACGUGUGGCGCAGCCUAAACUUUGGCCCAGCGGCGGCCUCUCAGCCAUUCCAGGCACAACGACGUCACAUGCCAAACAUCCAAGGCUCUCUGCUAAAUAUGACUGAUGCGGCGAUGUCCUACUGCUGAUCCCAACAAAGCCAACACUGCAGUAGCUGGCAAUAGCCCCAGAUCAGCUACACGUACGACCAAUCUCAUCUCAUACCCUCUUCUCUUCUAAACUCUCUCCUCCUCCCAUUCCCAUCAUGUCAACAGCCGCCAUCAUCCAUCCAACUCCUCACAAUCACCACCUCCAGCAUCACCUCGACCUCGACCUCAACCCCAUCACCAGCCCCUCCUCCUCCAACGCCACAAUGCCUCACGCCCACGAGACAAAACCCCUCUGGCUCAUCCAGCCACGCCUCGACGCCGGCGUCUACCGCGACACGCUCAUCGGCAGCGUCGUCAAGUACCCCGACCUCCCCACCGAGCGCCACAUCCCCUACCGCCCCAACGCCCGGCUCCCGCGCGACAUCGUCCCCGGCCUCGACCCCAAGCCCGUGCAGGUCCGCAACGUCAAGUUCUGGACCCGCCGCAUCAAGGACGCGGGCGUGUCCGCCUCGCUCAACGAGAUCCUCGAGGCCUUUGUCGACCGCGCCAAGGAGGACAGCAGCGAGAAGAUGGCGACGGUGGCGCGGAUAUGGCACAUGGACUCGCCUGGGGAGAAGUUCAAAGAGCUGCUCAAGGACAAGGAGUAUUUCGAGGAGCUGUUUGAGCUGCUGCGGAGCAACCACGACCAGGGCUACUUCAUCACCGACAUCGUCACCCUGACCAACAUGGAGAUUAGCGACUCGACGGGGCGUUCGUCGGGGGUUGGUGCGGGUGUCAAGGUCCCCGUCGACCCUGCCUUCAACGUCAACAUCGGUGCCGGCGGGCGCUUCCAGGUCGUCCGCGAAAAGGGCUACUCGGCCUACUACGAAGAAGAGACCAUUGUCUUUCUCGGCUACAGACUCGUCCGGCUGGAGAAAGUGCAGGGCACGAGGGCCAAGCUGGGGCGCAUGUUUCUGGGCCACAAGGCCGGCCUCGCAGUGCGUGACGGAUUCGACUACUGGCCGGAGCUGGUGGAGAGGGCCGUCGAGGGGAAUGCGGAGCCGUUCUUGUCGGCGCAGACGCCAGCCGAGGAGACGAAGGAGCUUGGCGAGGAAGAGGCCGACUUUGAGGCCAUUGUUGAGGAACUGGGGUAUGACUUUGAAGUCGUGGGAUGAGCUGCUUGGUUACAGGGAUUGGGCUUUGGCAUCGGCGUUUGGGAUAUAUCUUUAAGCAU